GACCACACUGCACGUAAAAUGCCAAAGGCAGCGGCAGAAGCACCACUGGCCAAGAAGUUUUCGAUAUAGUUCCGACCUUUUCCCAUCCAUACCUAGAUUAUUUGAUGGCUUUUCCCACCACAAGUGCCCAGCAAGCAGAGACGAACCGCAAGAUACUCGAGGAGAUCCAGACGAAGAAGCAGCUUCUCGCGGGAGGGAUCAUAAACCUGGGUCUGAGCCCGGCGAAUCAGAUGCCCGCUCCCCAGUUGCUGGGACAGCCGACAACAGUAAAUCCCGACUUCCAGGCGGGCGUGGGCAUUGCCACCAAUGCCACAUCCACCGCCCGCUCUGCAUUUAAUCCAACGAGCUCUACGACUCUGGGCUUCUUUAUACCUCAGGAUUCGUAUUUUGGAAACAGCUUUAUACCCGUGCUGCCUCGUUUGGAGCCGCUGCCGUCGCCCGCGACCACGCCCACCACUCCGAACGCCCCGCCCAGCCACAAUAUCAGUAAAUAGCCGGAUCCGCAAUGGCCCGGAUGAAGCUGAGGAAACUGGAGGAGUAUCUGCAGGGCGUUGAUGGCUUCGAGCAGCCCAAGAUCCUGUUGGAACAGUACCCCACUCCACCGCACAUAGCCGCCUGUAUGGCCCACCACAUGCAGUCGCAGCACGAGGAUAUCGAGGGAAAGCUGGUGGGAGAUCUGGGCUGCGGCUGCGGAAUGCUCAGCAUUGCAUCCACUCUUCUGGGCGCCCAGCUCACCGUGGGCUUCGAACUAGACGGCGAUGCUGUGGACACCUUUAGGGGCAAUGUAGUGGAGAUGGAGCUUCCCAAUGUGGAUUGCGUGCGGGCGGAUGUGCUGCAGCUGAUCGGCAGCAAGUGGGAGAAGUCCUUUGACACGGUGCUGAUGAACCCUCCAUUCGGCACAAAGCACAAUGCUGGCAUGGACAUGCGGUUUCUGGAGGUGGCUCUACGAUUGGCCAACAGAGCAGUUUACUCCCUCCACAAGACGUCAACGCGGUCCUACAUUCAAAAAAAGGCACAGGAGUGGGGCGCCCGCGGCUCUGUGGUCGCCGAACUCCGCUACAACAUUGACGCCAGCUACAAGUUCCACAAGCAGAAGUCCAGAGAUAUCGAGGUUGACUUCUGGCGCUUUGAGAUCGGCAAGGUAUAGGACGAAUUAUAUCAGUUGCAUUUAGUUUUGGACAUUAUAUGUAUUUGUAUUGUAAAUUGUAGCACAUUAAAAUUGAUCAUAGUUGUUUUCUACUC